GAGGGCUUUCAUACCGGGGAAAGAGGAUGUAGUUUAGUAUUCUGGAUUUGGGAAUCUGGAUUUGGGGACGGUCAUCUUCGUCAAUGAAGCGGCCCUGGAGGGUGUUUUGAUAGAGGCGUCACAACCGCGUCCACCCCAGCCAGGCAGCUCUUGCUCUCCCUCACUCACAUGCUUUCAUCUCAUGCCCGACCCUUUCUAAUUCAUCGUCACUUUCUUCCAGACGCCAUCUUCUCAGAGAGACCUGUCUUGUUUAUUUCCUAGGCGGGACGCAGCUGCCGUUGCCUUUCCUAGUUUUUGGGCUUCGUUGCUGUUGUCGUGAGGCGGUACUUGCGUUUUGUGCUGCUGGUAGGUGGACGAGCUUUUUUGUGUUUUGUUUUGUUUGUUUGUUUGUUUGUUUUUCCUUCUCUCUGGUCAUUGUUUCCCUCCUUCAUUCUCUGAAUCAGUGUCAGAUUCUCAUCGAAGAAGUCUUUCUCGAGAAACUGAUCUCGUACUUGUCCGUAACAAAACUCGGCGGCAAUAAGUUUUUUGGUUUGGAAUUGAGUUCGUGAGGCUUCAUUUGCGAUUUUAGGAGACAUGACGAAUAGUUUCCACAUUUGUGUGCGGCCUUGGAUUGUUAUAAAGACUUCUCGUUGUUCAAGGUAGGUCUUUAUCGGAAUCGGGCCGUUGCAUGUUCUUGGCGACCUCCUGUUCUCAUACGGAGUUAUUGAAAAUUUCUGCUGAAAAGCGUUUCUUGCUGUGUGACAUUUGGUUAUCAGUUCAAGGUGUCAUGCCAAAUGACUCGCGGGGAGUGCUUGUGCAUCGGGCCAGAACUUCCUGAACGCAGAUGAUAUUUCAAGUAAAUAGUAGGAAAGCGUGUCAUGGCAGUACUAUAUUCGGAAACGGUUACUAGGAUGAAAUCGCUAUUUCAACAACACAAUGUUAUAGGCAAUUAUAUAUGUGGUCCUAUUGUGAUGUUGAGACGGAAUUGUCAGACUGCGGUGCUCUUGGUGCGGAAGUUCGCAAGCCAGACUUUGUUUCUGUACACCAUCAUCUGGACAUUGAUGCUUGCGGCAACUGUGACAGUGGCUGCUCUCAGCCUGGAGAUGGGUUUUAGUACUGCUAUUUCUCCUCAUAUGGAAAUUGCCGAGGCCUGCUCUUUGCAAAGUAACAAAGCUUCGCCAUCUUGUCGGCAGUGUUUUCGGUUGCCACUUGAUGGUCCUCGAGAUGGUCUGUGUGUUCCUGCGAACAUGUUCAAGAAAUCAGGGAUGGAUUUCGCAGUGCCACCCAUUUUUGCCGCUCUAGUAGUAACAGCAUCUGCCUUAUUCGUUCAAGGUCUGGGGCUUUGGAGUUACUAGCUCCUCUUUGUUACGAAAUACAGCAUGCGCAUGAAGACUUGCCCUGCGACGUGACAAGGUUUGUGCUCUUGUAUAUAUUAUCCUUGCCGUCCUAUUUCAGUUGGGUGAUGAUAUAAUCAAAUUGUACCUUGCUGGAUAUCACCAGGCGACGAAGCUGGUCUCGAACGCGAAGUAUUCUAGGAUUACUCCUUGGAGAUGUCGCUCUCCCCUGCACUAAAUAUUGACUUGAUACUGGAGAUGCCGUUGAGGUGAUUACUUGUUUCAGAAGACUUAGUAUGUACAUCUAGUUGAAGACACGGACUUUGAAACUCUUGCAUUGAUUUAUGGAGGAUAUGAAGAAACACAUCAUAUUAUAUUGUCCAGUGUGUUCUCCCAAAACUUUUCAGGCUAUCGAAACACACGGUUAUUAGAGCCUCCGAUGCUACUAAGUCAUCACACUGAAGGUGCGAGUACCAUAGUUUCACGUCAUGAUGAUGCUACCAACCUUCCAUGUUAGUAAAUCUUGGUUUUAAUGGUAUAGCUCUGUUUUCUGCAGCGCCCACUUUUAUGUUCGUGCCUGCAGAAUGUUAAAUCUCUAGUUUCUAGCUGUUUGGCGACUCCUAGCAGAAUAUCCUGUCAUUAAUGUAGGAAAUGUACCAUAGUAGACUGGUGACUUCCGUGCUUAUGUUCGAAUGUCCAAGUUAGCAUUCACUGUAAGUUCUUUUGAAUAGGUGAUAAAUUCCUAUAGCUCAUGUACAUGCCAAACGGUCAAUUGAGCUUGGAUUGAACUAAAUUUCCUGAGCAAAA